CUCCGUUUCUCCAAACCCCCACGCACUAAUGCCGAAGCUGCUACCACCUCCCACCAGUCUGGAUUUUUUUCCCCUUUUCUUACAUCUACAUUCACAUCCUGUGCUGCUCGUGCGAAAGCAAUUUAAAGCUAAUCACGAAUUUUACAUCCGAAUCGCAGUCGAUCACCGCCCCUGUGUGUCCAUGCACCUCCGUCCCGCCACCGUCGCCCUUCGCCAAUUCUCCCGCCUUCGCUUCCUCUCAACAGCUUCUCAGCGUAUCCUGAGAAGCCAAUCCGUCGUCAACGCCUUUCAAACCUCUACAUUCCGCUUCAGCCCCUCGACCGUCCGAACAAUGGCCUCCGCAGCAGCCCAGCGUCUCGCUGGCAAGACCAUCCUGAUCACCGGUGCUUCAGCCGGCAUUGGCCGCUCUGCCGCCCUCGAGUUCGCCAGAACGUCACCCAAGGACCUCCGUCUUAUCUUGACGGCUCGCCGUGAGGAUACUCUUAAGGAGGUCGCUGCCGAUAUCCAGAAGGAGGUUGGCGAUGGUGUCAAGGUUCUGACUGUCAAGCUCGACAUUAGCAAGCCCGACGAGGUGCGCUCAUUUGUUGGAAACCUGCCCGAGGAGUGGCGCGACAUUCACAUCCUGCUCAACAAUGCUGGUAUGGUUAAGGGCGUUGCUCGCGCUCCCGAAAUCGACGAAGCGGAUGUCGACCAAAUGUUUGCUACCAACGUCACUGGCCUCAUCAACAUGACACAGGCCAUCCUGCCCAUCUUUAAGGCUCGUGCUGAUGGUGGCUCUGGUGAUAUCAUCAACUUGGGCUCUAUUGCUGCCCGUGAAGCGUACCCCGGCGGCUCCAUCUACUGUGCUACCAAGGCUGCUGUCCGCGCCUUCACAGAGAGUUUGCGCCGUGAGCUGAUUGAGACCAAGAUCCGUGUUAUCGAGAUUGACCCUGGACAAGUUGAGACUGAAUUCUCCAUUGUCCGCUUCGGUGGUGACAAGGCCAAGGCUGACGCCGUCUAUGCCGGUGUUGAGCCUCUCACACCUGAUGACAUUGCCGAAGUCAUCGUCUUCACUGCCACCCGUCGCCAAAACGUCGUCAUUGCAGACACCCUCAUCUUCCACAACCACCAGGUCUCUGCUACUGGUGUUCACCGCAAGGGUGUUUGAAUCUAGCACAAAAGGCGAACAGCAUAUAGACAGCAAUGUAGAAAGAACUAAGUGUAUUGCAGUAUAUAAAACUCUACAAAAGGUCACAAACUAUAUUUACGAGAUGAUGAAAUGUUCGAGAAGUUCUCUUGCCCCCUAUCCACGUACCCGAAGGUAUGGCCGUGAAGCCAGAAUAGGGGGCCUUCUAAGGACGAUGGAAUAUAAUCUGCCGACGUUCCGUUAAGGAUCCAUUCUGAGGUGAAUCGGACCCUUGCUGCCACAAGGACAGCACCGCCGGGGAAGCAAAGCACGAGACCGAGAGUAACCAAGGUCGAUUGUUGGAAGGGAACUCACAAAGAGGAAAAAAGGAUAUCAAAAUUCAUUGAACCAUCUAACUGAUGCAAUUCUCCCAUUCGUAGAGCACGUUAGUAAUAUCGUGUCGUCAAUUUACCUGAACCAAACUCCUCGCUCAUAAAAAAAACAAAUAUCAAUCAAAUACAUGCAUAGCCAGUGCAAUGUUGGAGAGCUGCUGACCACAUAAAUAGUAACAAAGAACCGAUGGGAGUUGAGGAACCGUCCCCUUAUUCGGUAUGCUGGUAGAGAGGAGAGAUGGACUCUCCGUAGUGAUUGCGGCGGAUGGCUUCCGACAGCAAGAUGGAGACGUCAAGAAUAACGAGCUUCGAAAUGUUCUUGACUCGGUCCUGGCUGAUGGGGAAACUGUUGGUCACCACGAUUGUGUCGAUGCACUCGCAGGCUUGCAGCUUCUCCAAGCAGUCACCUCCAAAGACACCGUGCGUACCAAUGCAGUAGACCUUCUUGGCCUUGCCACGCUUGACAACGGUUUCGGCAGCGGCGAUCCAAGAGCCAGGCUUAUCAAUCAUGUCGUCGACAAUGAAGACGGUUCUGUUUUUGACGUCGCCAACCAGGGUGAUCAUAUGCUCGGGAGCUUUGGGGUUGUGGAAGACGUUUUCUUCCUCAUCCGAGUCGGCGUCGGGCUCACCACUGCCACCGAGGAGAUGCUUCUCAGGCGAGAAGAAUGAUGACUGGUGAGACAUCAUCAUAGGAUCUUCAUCUGCUGUGCUCUCCGAGGGAGAACGAGGUGACGGGAAGUCAUCUUCAACAAGAUGACCGUGGAUUAGACGAGCCCGCGUGACUUCAUCCGCGCGACGGUCAUCAUAGUCAGCCUCCUCGGCUUCGUGGACGCUGCCUGAAGGGGUCGCGUAGGACUCGACAGAUGAGGGCUUUGCCACGCUUGCCUUUCUUGUAGGAGAGCCAAGAGAAUCGGCAAUAGGCACACGGCGUUGGGGAGGAAUGCCAGGCACAGUGAUGAGAUUUGCCUCGCGCUCCUCCUUAGGGGGCUGGAGCUUCUCAGGUGGGUUUUCGAGAGCGGGCUCGCGCUCAGCACCAGCAAGGUUGUUGAGAAUCAUACUGGUGCCCAUGCUACCGCCACGCUUUCUGUCUGUUGUAACCAUACCAAAGUUCAGCUUGAGAGCGUCGGCAAGCGAUGUUACACGCUUGGUGCCGCCAGCAUUCUUGGAAACAACAACAGCUUCACGCCAGUUGGGCACAUUGCGGCGAAUCCAUCUGGCAAUCAGAGGCUCGGCGUGCAGGUUGUCGACAGGGCAUCUGAAGAAGCCCUGCAUCUGUGACGCAUGCAAGUCGACAGUAAUGACGUGCCUAACGCCAGCAACAUCGAGCAAGUUGGCCAACAUUCGAGCCGUAAUCGCACCCCUAUGCGACUUCUUUUUCGAUUGUCGACUGUAUGGGAAGUAUGGGAGGACAGCUGGGCAUCUAGUUAGAUGGAAUUCCAGGUAAGCCAGGAGAACAAGAGAAGCGAACCUGUGAUCUUGUUUGCAGAACCACCUUUGCAGGCAGAAAUCAUAAUGAGAAGCUCCAUGAUGGAGUCAUUGAUGGUCGGGCUACCUGAUUGGACCACAAAAACAUCCUUCUCUCGUACACUUGUCAAGAUUCUGACACUUGUUUCGCCCUGUUUUGGGUUUGAUUAGCCCAGCUUCUGCAGGAGGGACUCGUGCUCGAAGCUUACAUUGGAGAACUGUGUGAGCUCGGCUUUCGCAGCAGUCAUGCCCAGGUUCUCACAUAUUUGCGAUGUGAGAACCGGGCAUGAGUUUCCUGCAAAAAUCAAAGUGUUGCGCAUCGUCAAGCUCACGCCACGUGCCGGAACAUGAAAGACAGUUGCAUGCUGC